AUGCCGCCGCGGGAAGAGGAACCGGUGGCGACUGAGACAAUAACUGUCCCUGGAAGAGCGGAGGAGGCUAAUGAGAGCCGACCAGAGAAGACGGUGGAGGGCGCGAUGGAGGUGGAGAAAGAAGAAGCCGACGAAGGAGAGAAAGGGGGAAAUGGACAGCAAGAGGAGCCCUGGCAGUCUGCGCCAGAUGUCAGCAGCUCUGAGCCACAGGAAGUGCCAGAAGACCUUAAACUGGAUAAGGGCGAAGAAAGUGAGGACAGUGAAUAUAGCAGCUGCAGUGAUUAUGGGAGUAACGGGAAGCCAGGGACCACCUUGCAAAGGCUCGCGCCGGAAAGGAACACCUUCUUCCCAGGCACCUUCCAAACAAACAAUCUCCUGUUUUAUGAGCGAUUCAAAACCUACCAAGAUUACAUGUUGGCUGACUGCAAAGCCUCAGAGGUAAAAGAAUUCACUGCGACAUACUUGGAGAAGGUCCUUGAGCCGUCUGGGUGGCAGGCACUGUGGCGCACCAAUGUGUUUGAGGUGCUAGUUGAAGUUGUUGACGUGGAAUACUCUGCCUUGAAAGCUCUGGUGCGCCUCUGUGAGCCUUUUCUGUGUGAAGCCCGAGGGGCUGACGCCUUCACUCUGGAGUGCAUGCAAGAGCUGUUGGAACUGAAGGCGCAUCGGCUGCCCUUGCAGGAGUUGUGGGUCGUCUUUGAUGAGUCGGGGGAAUUUGACCAGACGGCGCUUGCUGUUGAGCAUGUCAGGUUUUUCUAUAAGCACAUCUGGCGGAGCUGGGAUGAAGAGGACGAUGAUGACUUUGAUUACUUUCUGAGAUGUGUUGAACCUCGGCUCAGACUGUACUAUGACAUCGUUGAAGAUCGGGUCCCUUCCGCACUGGUUGCCGACUACCACAGCCUUCUCUCCCAGUGCGAGGAACUCUACCGCAUGUUUCUAGACCUCAGGAAUGGCAUUGAAAACAGUGACUCCGACACCGAAGUAGAAAACGUCUCCAUGGUGGAAGGGAUGAAACUCUACAACAGGAUAGAGCACCUGAAACAGAAGCUGAAGCUUAUUGAAAACCCUCUAUUGAGGUACGUGUUUGGUUAUCAGAAACACGCUCGCCUCCAAGCAAAGGGAGUGCGCCCGUCUGGCACCACCAUCACCCAUAUUGUGUCUACCACUGUGAUGUCGAGCCUGUUGCAGUGUCUGCUCAGGGAUAAGCUAUCUCCCGAGUCUUGUAAUGAAGAAAUGGAAAUGCAGUUCCACAACAAUCUACUCUCUGCUAUGACGGCUUGCUAUGCAGGGGACAGGAUCAUAGUUUGCCCUGGCCACUACAUUGUUGAUGGCACUUUGUAUAUUGCAGACGCCAUUGAACUAGAAGGCUAUGGGCUGCCGGAUGAUAUCGUGAUAGAGAAACAAGGGAAGGGGGAUGCUUUUGUUGAGUGUACGGCUGCAGAUGUGAAAAUCUCCAGCUUGAAGUUUGUCCAGCAUGAUGCCGUGGAGGGCAUCUUGAGUGUUCACCAAGGAAAGACCACACUGGAGAACUGUGUCUUGCAGUGUGAGACCACAGGAGUGGCUGUACGAGCAUCAGCUGAGCUUUUAAUGAAAAAUUCUGACUUGUAUGGUGCGAAGGGUGCCGGUGUAGAAAUCUAUCCAAGCAGCAGGUGUACCUUGAUGGGGAAUGGCAUACACCAUUGCAAAGAAGGCAUCCUUAUAAAAGACUUCUUAGAUGAACAUUAUGAUGUUCCCAAGAUAACUAUGGUGAACAACGUGAUACAUAAUAAUGAAGGGUAUGGAGUUGUCCUCGUGAAGCCUACUGUCUCUUCGGAUGCAAAAGAGAGCACUCCAGAAAGUUCAGGAGAACAAAUGAAAGGCACCCAGCCCGACCCUGAUGUUGCUAACAUGGGGUGUGAAGACUUGCACCAACAGGAUAGCGGUGAGUUGGAACCCCAUGGAAGAGCGGACGCAUCUGAGGCUAUGGAAGGCAACUCUGAAAUCGCGCAUGAACUUUCUGCUGCAUCGCUUAAGAAGAGCCAGUUACAUAAGAAAAGGCUGAGUCACCUUGGCAUCAUGGAGGCAGACGAUGACCUGAUGUCUCAGGAAAUGUUUGUGUCCAUCAUGGGCAACCAGUUCAAGCGAAAUGGGAAAGGGAGCUUUGGAACAUUUCUCUACUAAUUUCUCAGAAUGGCAUUGAAAUAACACAUAGCCUGGCUGCUGGCUGGCAUUUCUCAGAAUGGCAUUGAAACAGCGUAUAGCCUGGCUGUUGGCUAGCUUGCUGCCAAAUAGCUAACACUCUUUCGGCACCCACCUUUUCUAUUUGGUUACAUUUGAUGCUUGAGCGUGAUUCUGGCAUAUUUAUUCUCCUUAGCAGCAUGUCUGUUGCACAAAUGAAAUCUCUAUUCCUUGGAGUGUGUGUUGAACCCAGUACUUGAGAGCAAAGUCCUGUCUAGUGGAAUCUGUUGAACGGAUAAGCUCUCUUUUACUUUGCCAUAUGUAUCGCUUAUUGUAUUUAUUCCAAUAUAAAACACCUCUACAUUUAAAGCUCUGGACGCUAGAGGAAGAAGGGAGUGACAGUACUAUAUAACCUUUUGUACCUGUUAACCACGACUAAAAGGAAUGUUUUGCUUCCUUUGUAGUAGUGGUGGUCUAUCCAUUUCAGUUGUUUUUAAAUUAAAAACUUUUUAAAAAAAAUACUUAGGAAACUGUUCUCUCUCCCCCUCCCCCUUCUUUUUGUACAGGAAUCUGACGUUCUCUUUAAAUAAACAUUAUCUGACACACA